AUGGCUGUAGCCGUUGAUCAAGCUCAUGGAUUCAAGCCAUUCCCUUCCCGCCCCCCGAGAUGCAACCUCCAAUCUUUCUCUCAACUUAAUCCCGAAAUGCCCGACUUCACCCGAACCACCAACCUCGAGUUCUCUAACAUCAUCCACAAGAGCUUCUCCACCCCAUGCCUCUCCCACUCCUCAGACGAGCACAGGCCCACCACCGCCUCCAGGAUCGAGAUAAUCGCGGGCCUGGCCGCCCCUCGGGCCCGCGCCCUUGUCGCCGAAGUCGCCAUCGCCAUGGCCUCCGGUGUCAGCCCCGAGCCCGUCUCGAGUGGGCUUGGUGGGGCCUACUUCCUCCGGGCCCAUAACAGCGACACUAUAAUAGCCGUGGCAAAGCCCGUCGACGAGGAGCCGCUAGCGGUGAACAACCCGAAAGGGCUGGCCGGGCGGAUGCUGGGCCAGCCCGGGAUUAAAUGCUCCAUCAUGAUAGGCGAAACGGGCCUCCGAGAGUCGGCCGCUUAUCUUCUCGAUCAUGAUGGUUUUGCUGGGGUACCUCCCACGGCUUUAGUUAGAUUCUCUAACGUCAAGUUUAAUCUGAACAAUCCCGAGCCUGUUACGGGCCCGAACUACAAAAUCACUUCUUUACAGCGGUUUGUGAGCCAUGACUCGGAUGCGGGGGACUUGGGCCCGUCUAGCUUUUCGGUCACCUGCGUGCACCAUAUAGGUAUAUUGGAUGUUCGGCUGAUGAACCUCGACAGGCACGCGGGGAAUAUUCUGGUGAGGCGAGGGGCCACUGCUGAGCUGGUGCCGAUUGAUCACGGGUUCUGCUUGCCUGAGUCGCUCGACGACCCGUAUUUCGAGUGGCUCCAUUGGCCGCAGGCCUCGAUACCGUUUUCGGAGCUGGAAAUCGAGUAUGUGGCACUCCUCGACCCUUAUAAGGAUGCCGAGCUUUUGAGGACCGAGCUACCCUCGAUUGCUGAGUCAUCUGUUCGGGUGUUGGUCCUCUGCACGAUAUUCCUGAAGCAGGCCACAGCUCACGGGCUGUGUCUUGCCGACAUAGGCGAGAUGAUGACUCGGGAGUUUUGUGGAGGGGAAGAAAAUUGGAGCACGUUGGAGAAUCUCUGCAUGGAAGUGAAGUCUAGCUUGAAAAAGAGUGGCGAUUUGUGCGAAAAAAAUGGGAAUAAGCACGAAGAAGGAGGUGACGAGAUGUUCCAAUUUGAUGACGAGUGUGGAAACUUGGAGAACUUGCCUAUGAGGGGUAAGCCGUGUAAAAUCCCGAGAUUCUCUUCGAUGAGUGUUUUGGUUGAACCGAGAAGAGUGCUAACUUUGAAUGAGGACGAGCGGUGUUUUGUGGAGGGGUGUGGUGGUUCGGGCGGUGCAGAUGAUGAUAGUGGGGAUGAAAGUAACCGAAAAACGAGUGGAUUGAUGAGGAGCUUGAGCUACUCGGUUCCGAACUAUAAUCUUGACGGGAAGUGUAUUUGUUUCGGUGAGAUGGAUGAGGACGAGUGGCGGUUGUUCUUGGCGGGUUUCGAGAGAGCUUUGCCGAAGGCUUUUGAGGAGAGGAAAUCCAUGGGUUUGUCCAAGCAACGGUUGGGAUCUUCAUCGGAUAACAAAUACUUUUGA